AUGGCUGCGCCGUCAGGGUCGAGUCCUACCGGCCAGUGGAUGAGGUACUUGACGAAUUCCGUCGACAUUGACGUUGACGGCGGCGAUGGUACCGCACUCGACAAGUUGCUGGCCGAACAGCAAUCCACGUGUCAGGACCUUGAGAGGACGUCGAGUCGUGCCAAUGAGAGCAGUGCCGCGGAUAAGGAGGCCUCGCAUUGUAGGGAGCCGUCGCACAGGGAGCCGUCGCACGGCAGUCGCAAGGACGCCGAACACCGCACCGGCGUCGCUGCUUCUCAUAAACGGCAACGGGAGGACCCGUGCGAGGCUAACAGCAGCAAGGCCAAUCGGGAGAAGAUGCGCCGCGACCGACUCAAUGACAGGUUCGUGGAGUUGGCGCGGUCCCUAGAGGGUAGCGGGCAGGCGCGCGCGGACAGGGGGAGCAUUCUGGCGGACGCCGUGCGCGUGCUGGCGCAGCUGCGCGCGGAGACGGCGCAGCUGAGAGGGUCCGCGGAGCAGAUGAAGGAGCAGAUCCGCGAGCUCAAGGCGGAGAAGAGUGAGUUGAGGGAGGAGAAGGUGCGCCUGCUGGCCAACAAGCAGCAGUUAGAGGAGCAGGUCCGGCGCAUGGCUGCCUCCGGUGCCGCCCAAUCCACCGCCACCACGUCAGCAGCAGCCCCAUCAGCAGCCGCUGCCCCCCCUCCUCCUGGUUCUGGUGCUGCCGGUGCCGUUCCAUUGAUGCUGCACCCAGCGUGUGAGCCGGGCAAGCUAGCAGCACUAGGUGCACCCAUGGGCUUGAUGCCCAUGCCGUUCAUGACUGGGGGGAUGGCUCAUCCUUAUUCGCAGCCCCACCCCCACUCUCAACCUAUGCAAGGCAGCUAUCCCCUUGCAGGGAACCACCCUGGUACAGGUCACAUAGCAUACUCCGUUCCAACCCAUCCUGCUGCUGCUGCUCCUACUGCUCCUGCUGGCACUACUGGCACUGCUGGGACUGUUGCUGCUGCUGGUCCACAGUACAUGGCGCCUCUGCCUGCCAUGAUGCCAUAUGGCAUGCCUGGGAUGGCACCAGUGGCCAUGUGGCAGUGGUUACCGCAGUCUGCUGUUGACCCGUCCAAUGAUCAGAUGCUCAGGCCGCCGGUGGCAUGA